GUGAAUAAUUUGAUAUCUGAAAGUAUACUUUGGAUCAGCGGAUUUAGAGGUCGCAGGCAGACCUUUGCCCUAACCCAGUAAUUACCGGAAUGCUUGGUUUUCACAACUGCGAAUUCUGCCAUUAUGAAUCAGGUAGCGCCAUGUAGUGAAAUUACAACGUCCCUCGAAUCUGAUGUCCCGGAAUUGACGCGUGCGAUCAAAAUAAUUGAAUCUGCUAAACAGCAUGCGCAUGAAAGAUUGAUUCUGAGUAGCUUGAAGCUGUUCACGGUUCCACGGGAGAUACUGGAGCUGCGACACCUAAAGAAAGUGGUUUUGUCCCAAAACCGUUUAAUCGAACUACCAAAUGAUUUCUUCUCUGUGUUAACGCAUUUAUCUUGGCUGGACCUGCGCUCUAACUUGCUAACACAAAUUCCAGCAUCAAUCAGAAAGAUGGUCCAUUUGGAAGUGUUGCUAAUCGACGACAAUAGAAUAGCUGUUCUUCCUUUUGAAAUGGGCCUCUUAAGAAAACUUAGAGCAUUGCAUACGCGCAAUAACCCAAUAGAUUUCCCACCCAGUAUGAUAUUAGAGUCUGGGCUAGAAAAUAUUUUGCGAUUUCUCAAAGCGUGUUACAUCUCAAGAACACAAGCGAAUACGCAAAAAGGUCGAAAAAUGUAUCAGAAGGUGCUAGCGGGCCGAGUAAACCCAGUGCUGGAUUCAAAUAACUCUUGGGAUUCAAACGGACAUUUGGUUCAUGAGCCACCGGACAGCGAUGAGUCUGUAGUUGGGAGUUCUGAGAAAUCACCCAUUUGUUUAACUGAACAGCUAGUCAAGGUAGACACCGAUGUCAACCAUACGGAAAGAAAUUCCGACAGCGGAAUUGGCUCAUGCACCCCAGAAGCAGAGUUUGCCAAUGAACCUUCAACUUCUGACAGUCACGAAAAGCUUAAAAGGCCAUCUACAGUAUUAAAUUCUAUUGCGACUAUGAAUUAUAUCCCUGAUGCCGUGGACAUUUUCGAUCUCUCCAAUGAACUGACUAAUAAGUUGACGUGCGUUGGUUCGGGAGAAAAUCACAGCUCAAAAAGCCUUUCAACCAGCCAGCCCCCUUCGUGGAUAAAAUCCAAAGCAUACAAAAAAAUUGAACGCUUACAUCUUCAGAACAAAACAGAUGUCCGAAAGUUAUCAGGCGCGUUCACCAAGUUUGUCAAGCAGUCUGCCAGGCACGAUGCGCUGCUUCCUGAAAUUCCACCUCAGCCUUCAAUGCGGAGAAUUCGAUCCAUCCACUCACGUGAGCAACGGAUGAAGUCUCGAAAAGCUGAAUUAAUUCUCCAAGAAAAGAGACUACAAAAACUCAGGGAUGAAGAAAGCGUGCGCAGAUGGCGAGACGAAUAUAGAAAGAAACGAGAUGAAAAAUUGCUGGAAUAUUUGGGAAAAACCGGCGAUUACAUAAAAGACGAGGCCAAUUGGCGUAUCAAGUCUGCUCCCUUCGAUGUAAACAGGGAAGACUUGAAAAUGCUCGGUGCAGCGGAACUACAUGCAGCCAAGCAGAGGCAGAUCAGAGUCUCGCCCAAACCUUGCUGCUUGGAUGCCAAUACCGUGUUGAAACUAGAACUAAUCAGCGCUAAACGUGACCGGUUGCUGACGCAGGAAGUUAACCGGCUUGUCGAAGAAGUCACAAGACGAUACCAACAACCUUUGCCAACCAAUCAAGGAGCUCUACACAAGGAGAUGCUUAGUGCCAAACACGAUCUAGACCUGGAGCUCGCCACAAUAUUUGACUCCGACAAGGAAUAUCAACGCUGAGGCCGUGGCUAUCAAUCCAAACCGCCCAGACCUUUGUGUUCAACACAGCUGAUUGUCACAUGCAAACUUCACUGGGGACCAUGACACAUGUUCCACGGAUGCAAGGAUUCUACGAAAUGUGGAUCCAGUGCCAUUGCAAGGCUAUUCGGCUGUAUGCGCAGGUGAAGUACAGGCUGGAAACUUUGGAACACUUUCACGGGUCAAACAGCCGAGAUGCACAGUGGUAGUUGGUAUACGGGACGCUCAAUCCUUACGAUGUACAAACUCUUAAUUUACGAACUGUGUCAAUUUAUCCUAGUUCUAUUUGCCACAGUAGGCCUUUCUCUUUUAUGUACAACUAUAUGUGUGCACGCAUAACACCCGUGAGGUUUCGAGAACGCAUAACCAGGAUUUACUUCUUCUCAUGUAUUGCACGGCGUUUAAUGUAUGUCUGAACAUGGCAAAGAUUAAUGAGAAAAUAAGGAUGCACACGAUAUUCCGACGGG